GCAUGCUUGAGUUUAACCAAGAUAAACAGUGGGGCAGGAUUCCAUGUCCUUAAUAAUUUUGCUCGCAUUGAGAAUCGAUGUGACAGUAGUUAUAACAACUGGUGGAAAGAUGAAGUACUCCCACACCUAGAUGGCAUCAAUUGUAAAACCUUAUUAGCUAGUGAAUCUGAGAAUUUCAAAUUCAUAGCUCAAGCUAGUGGGUUAAGGAAGGGGAAAUUCCUUCCUAUAGUGGCUAAAGCUCCUUCACGUCUUCGAAAAUGGGACACUUCAAAGGAUUGUUUGAAUUCCCAAAAACAACCAGUUCCGAAGAUGUUAAAGGUCACAACACCUAUUUCAAGAUCAGCUAAUGUUCAAUUUGUUCAUCCUUUAAACAUCCUAGAGUCUGCUGAAGUGAGUUCAUCAAACGAAUGUGAUCAUGCACUCUUUUCAUCUCGCAUGUCCAAGG